AUGGAAGAAGUUAGCGACAGCGUCUCCAGGGUCAGGAAGACAGCCAAAGGCGAGCUGUUGCUGGAGAUCAAGCGCAACUCGGAGGCUCAAACCAGUGGCAUCAGGGAUCUGAUUGGCAAAGCCCUCGGAGCUGGAGCCAAGAUCCGCACGUUGACGCCCCAGGUCUCCUUCCGGAUUUGGGACCUUGACGAGCUAACAAUAAAGGAGGAGUUAGAGGAUGCGCUGGUCAAGCAGGCAAACCUCCCCUCGAACUCGGUGACCGUUAAAGGUUUACGAGCCUUGGCCACAGGAAGCCAGUCCGCAACCUUCACGGUUCCGGCGGGUUUUGCAGGCGCCCUCAAUAACCUUGGCAAGGUGAAGGUCGGAUGGACCAGGUGCCGGAUUAAGGAGCUGGAGCACCAACUUAAGUGCUACAGGUGUCUGGACACGGGCCACACGGCCAGCAGGUGUCGGAGUCCCGUAGAUAGGAGCAAGGCCUGCUUUAAGUGUGGGAAAGAAGGGCACAAGAUAGCAGAGUGCCAGAACCCAGCGAACUGCUUCAAGUGCGAGCAGCUUAAAAGGAAGGACACGAGGCACCAGGCCGGAAGCCGCUCCUGCCCACUGGUGGCGUCCUCCAGAGAAGGCCAUAAGCACAGGGCAUGA